UUUUGAAGAACAGGCGGAGUGAGACCCCUGUAUCGUCUUGACGAAUCGCCACCCAAAUCCCGCGAGAGAUUUGAGCAGCCUGCCGAAAUCUCGCGGUUUUCCGAAAAUACGUGAGAGGGACUGCAUUCACCAAAGUAAGGGCUACGUCAUGUCUGAUAGCGAAGACAGUGACUUCUCGGACAACCAGAGCGACCGCAGCAGCGACGGGGAGGCCGAGGAAGUGGAGGAGAAUGAGGAGACGGCUAGUCCGGUGGGCAGCGACAAGGUAGCUGAGGAGGAGGGAGAGGACCUGGAGGACGAGGAAGAAUAUGAUGAGGAAGAGGAGGAGGACGAUGAUGAGCGUCCCAGGAAGAAGCCAAGACACGGAGGAUUCAUCCUGGAUGAAGCCGACGUGGAUGAUGAGUAUGAGGAUGAGGAGGAUCAGUGGGAGGAAGGAGCUGAAGACAUCUUGGAGAAAGUUAACGAGGAGGCUGAAGUGUCAAACAUCGACCAUGUGGUUUUGGACGAGGAUCACUCUGGAUCCAGGCGGCUACAGAACCUCUGGAGAGACUCCAGAGAGGAGGCUCUGGGUGAAUAUUACAUGAGGAAAUAUGCCAAGUCCUCAGGAGGAGAGCAUCACUCUGGAGGCUCUGAGGAACUGUCGGAUGACAUCACACAGCAGCAGCUGCUUCCUGGUGUCAAGGAUCCAAACCUGUGGACAGUGAAGUGUAAGAUUGGAGAAGAGCGAGCGACAGCCAUUGCAUUGAUGAGGAAGUUCAUUGCCUACCAGUUCACUGACACACCACUGCAGAUUAAAUCCGUGGUCGCCCCUGAUCAUGUUAAAGGCUACAUCUACGUGGAGUCAUACAAACAGACGCAUGUCAAGUCAGCCAUCGAGGGCAUCGGGAACCUGAGAAUGGGCUUCUGGAACCAGCAGAUGGUUCCCAUCAAAGAAAUGACAGAUGUCCUCAAGGUCGUCAAAGAGGUCACCAACCUGAAGCCCAAGUCCUGGGUGCGACUGAAGAGAGGCCUGUACAGGGACGACAUCGCUCAGGUUGAUUAUGUGGAGCUGAGUCAGAACACAAUCUCCCUGAAGAUGAUCCCGCGAAUAGACCUGGACCGAAUCAAGGCCAAGAUGAGUCUGAAAGAUUGGUUCUCAAAGAAGAAGUACAAGAGGCCUGCUCAGAGGCUGUUUGAUGCUGAGAAGAUCAGGUCCCUGGGCGGGGAGGUCAGCCAUGAUGGAGACUUCAUGAUCUUCGAGGGGAACCGUUACAGCCGCAAAGGAUUCUUGUUUAAAAGUUUUGCCAUGUCUGCUGUGAUCACAGAUGGCGUGAAGCCCACUCUGUCUGAGCUGGAGAAGUUUGAAGACCAGCCCGAAGGAAUCGACCUGGAGGUUGUCACAGAGUCAGGUAAGGAGCGUGAACACAACCUGCAAGCUGGUGACAAUGUGGAGGUGUGUGAGGGAGAGUUGAUCAACCUACAGGGAAAAAUCCUGAGUGUGGACGGCAACAAGAUCACCAUCAUGCCCAAACAUGAAGACCUUAAGGACCCUCUGGAGUUCCCAGCUCACGAGUUGCGUAAAUACUUCCGUAUGGGCGACCAUGUUAAGGUGAUCGCUGGGCGUUACGAAGGAGACACCGGUCUCAUCGUCAGAGUGGAAGAAAACUUUGUCAUACUCUUCUCCGACCUCACCAUGCACGAGUUGAAGGUGUUACCUAGAGACCUGCAGCUUUGCUCAGAGACGGCGUCUGGUGUCGAUGCUGGGGGACAGCAUGAAUGGGGAGAGCUGGUUCAACUUGACCCACAGACAGUUGGAGUCAUUGUCCGUUUGGAGAGAGAGACAUUCCAAGUGUUGAACAUGCACGGGAAGGUGCUAACAGUGCGUCACCAGGCAGUGAACCGUAGGAAAGACAACCGCUUUGCUGUUGCGCUCGACUCGGAGCAGAACAACAUCCAUGUCAAGGACAUUGUGAAGGUCAUCGACGGGCCGCACUCUGGCCGCGAAGGCGAAAUUCGACACCUGUUCCGAGGCUUUGCCUUCCUUCACUGCAAGAAGCUGGUGGAGAACGGAGGCAUGUUUGUCUGCAAGACGCGACAUCUGGUGUUAGCGGGUGGAUCCAAGCCAAGAGAUGUGACCAACUUCACUGUGGGAGGAUUCGCUCCAAUGAGUCCUCGCAUCAGCAGCCCCAUGCACCAUGGUGGAGGAGGUGCGCAGCAGAGAGGAGGAGGAGGAGGAGGAGGAGGAGGAGGAGGUGGUGGCGGCGGCGGCGGCGGCCCUGGAGGAGGAAUGGGAAGGGGCAGAGGACGGAGAGACAAUGAACUGAUUGGUCAGACAGUUCGUAUCUCGCAGGGUCCUUACAAAGGAUACAUUGGGGUGGUUAAGGACGCAACGGAGUCAACGGCCCGAGUGGAACUUCACUCCACUUGUCAGACCAUUUCUGUGGACAGACAGCGCCUGACCACCAUGGGAGCUAAGAGACACGGCGGAAUGACGUCGGCACAUGGACGCACGCCGAUGUACGGCUCCCAGACUCCCAUGUAUGGCACCGGCUCCAGAACGCCGAUGUACGGCUCUCAGACACCACUGCACGACGGAAGCCGUACGCCUCACUACGGCUCUCAGACGCCACUGCAUGAUGGGAUAGAGCAAUUAAAUAUGCAGAUUUCUUUCCAGGCUUUCACUUAA